AUGGCGUUUCUUCUCCCAAUUGCCGCGGGCGCAGCGAUUUUGACGGCCGAGACAGCUAGGCGCAUCAACGAGGCACGAGGCCGGACGUCAACAGCGCCGCCGACUUCAGCCCAAGCCGAGACUCGGAGGACGGCGCCUGCGGGUGGCAAACCUCCAGAUGCGAGGCGGGAGGGCGGAAGUCCCAGUAGAGGAGGCGGUGAAGGCAAGCGUGUUGAAGAAGAUCUACGGAAGGCAGCCGAAGCUGCCGCAGAGCGUGCAGAGCAGGAGAGACGCAAAGCCGUAGAGCAGAGGGCACAGGCGGAGGAGGCCGCGGAGAGGGAUCGUCAGGAGCGUAUGGGUGCAGUCGAGGAGAUGCUGCGAAUGUCGGUCAAGCAUCAGGAAGCAGAAUGGGCACGACAGGCGGCCGAGAACGCGGUAGCGGAGGCACGCGCUGCACGCGAAAUGGCGGAAAUGAAGCUUCGCGAGGGCAUCAGGCCCGUGCUCCUGCCCACGCUGGAGGAAUUCGAUGCCGCGAAGAAGAGGAUGCAGUAUCAGGAGAACCUCUUCCACUUCGCCGUCGUUGGUUCAGCUGGCAGCGGGAAGUCGUCGCUAGUCAACGCCCUGAGGGGCGUGCGGAACGGGAAGGCGGGCUCGGCACCCACUGGCACCUCCGAAACCACGAUGGAAACCGCUCGCUACCCCGACUCGAACUCCUCCAGCCCGUUUGUAUGGUACGACGUACCCGGUGCGGGCACGCAAAGUAUGCCAGACUGGAAGUACUUCAUCGAGCAAGGUCUUUACAUCUUCGACGCCAUCAUCGUCGUUUACGGGGAUCGCUUCACCGAAAUAGAUAUCGCGAUCUUGAGGAACUGCGCCCGCUGGCAGAUCCCGACGUACAUCGUGCGCUCCAAAGCCAUCAUGCACAUCCAGAACAGCAUAAACGACCUGUUGGGGUCAGAUGACGAGGACGAGGAAGACGUACCGACUAGCCUGUUCGACCGGGGGCGAGGACCGGCGUUCAGUGCACGGCACGCGGAGGCUAGGGACAGAGCCCGAGGCAAGUACAUCAAGGAGACGCGUCGCGACGUCGCCACCAAUCUCGCGCGGGCGGAGCUGCAAGACCAGCGCGUGUACAUCGUCGACAACGUCGUUCUUGUUCCUAUCGUCCGUGGAAAGGAACAUCCGGAUAUCAUCGACGAGGUGCAACUUUACAGAGACCUACUUACUGAAGCGAAGUGCAGGCGUAUUGCGGAGAAUGAUUGA